AUGACCAAGAGCAGUGAGAGGGCCCACAUCACGGAGGACAAACCGAAUCUUCUCCAGCACGUGCGAUUCCAGUCUUGGAACUUUGAAAACAUCCUGACCUGGGAGAGUGGGCCAGACAGCACCCAAGACACCGUCUACAGCGUGGAGUAUAAAGUGUAUGGCAAGAAACCGUGGCUGGCCAAAGAGGGCUGCCAGCAGAUCACCCGCCAGUCCUGCAACCUGACGGCGGAGACAAGCAACCUCACCGAGCUGUACUACUAUGCCCAGGUGACGGCCACAAGCCCAGGGGGCCAGACCACCAAGAAGAGGAGCACCCGCUUCAACCUGCUGCAGGACACUGCCAUCAAACAGCCUGAUGUGACCUGUGUCCCCAAAGUGAGCUCUGUCCAGGUGGUUAUUCACCCCACCUUCACGCCCAUACGUGGACAGGACGGCCGCCCGCAAACGCUGCAAGACAUCUUCCAGGACCUGUUGUACCGCCUCCAGCUCCAGGUCAACCACACCUAUGCCAUGCACCUUGAAGGGAAGCAGAAAGAAUACGAGUUCUUUGGCCUGACCCCGGACACCGAGUUCCUUGGGAACGUUGUGAUUUUUAUUCCGAACUGGUAUAAGAAGAGCGCCCCCUAUGUGUGCCGAGUGAAGACUUUGCCAGACCGUACAUGGACCUACUCCUUCUCAGGCGCCUUCCUGUUCUCCAUGGGCUUCCUGGUCGCCAUUCUCUGCUACCUGAGCUACAGAUACGUCACGAAGCCCCCUCAGCCACCCAACUCCCUGAACGUCCAGCGUGUCCUGACCUUCCAGCCGCUGCAGUUCCUCCAGGAGCACAUCCUGAUCCCAGCCUUGGACCUCAGCGGCCCCAGCGGCCUCUCCCAGCCAGUCCAGUACACCCAGGUGAAGGUGCCGGCGCCCAGGGAGCCCCCAGGAGCCCCGCAGCUGCACGAUCUGCCUGAGAUCACCUACUUGGGGCAGGUGAACUCCUCCCGUCUCCAGCCUCCCAACGGGCCACCUCAUCAGGCACUGUCCCCGCUGUCCUAUGCACCUCAGGCUGGCCCUGAAACCAGGCCCUCAUCCUACACACCUCAGGCCCCCCCCAAAGCUGAACCCCCACACUACACUCCACAGACUCUGUCUGAGGUCCUACCUUCCUCCUACGCCCCCCAGGCCACUCAGACUAGCUGGCCUCCCUGCUAUGGGGUGUGUUUAGAAGGCUCUGGCAAAGACUCCCCUGUGGCACCCUCCAGUCCCAAGCACCCCAUCCCUAAAGGUCCGCCCCAGAAAGAGGUUCUGGCCAGAAACUAUGUUCCAGAUGGCCUUUCCGUGCCUGCUGUGACCUCCUUGGCCUUGGAGGAGCCCCCAAAAGCAAAACCCUUCCACCAGCACCUGGAGGGUGACAGAGACAUUGCUCCUGACCUGAAUGGGGAGCCAAGGACACCAGGGUACUUAAAGGGCCAGCUCCCCCUGCUGUCCUCUGUCCAGAUCGAAGGCCAUCCUGUGUCCCUCCCUUUGCACACCCCUCCCCCUCCAAGCUCCCCCUCAGAACAAGGUCCAAGCCACUGGGGCCUGCUGGAGACCCUUGUGUGCCCCAAGGAUGAGGUUUCAAUGUCCAAGACAGAGACAGGAAACACAGACCCUCUGACCCCAGACCUGGAGCCGCCUGUUGAGCUGGGGUCCCUCUUCAAAGGCCUGGCUCUGACUGUGCAGUGGGAGGCCUGA